CUGCGUGGCGUGGCUGUCGAGCCCGUCAGAAAGCAUUUCGAGGAUGCUGAGGGUCUCCUUCGCCAGGGUCGCUUCGCCAAUGUGUCAGUGGUGCAGGUAGCGUUGGGCCGACACGACGGCACGGUGCCGCCACCUGGAGUUACACUCCUUCCUCUGACGUGUUUCCAGAGCAAGGGGGCUGUUCAUCAGGAACACUACGACUGGGAUAUGAGCUAUUUGCGCAACAUGUCCUCCGUCGGUGCCAUCUCCUCGCACUUGGAGUACUUUCAUUCCCGACUGGUUGACAAGGCGGAGGUCGCAGUGCCUCUGCGCAGGGACAAUGUACAGCUUUGGAGUUGGCGACGGCUGACCAGGGAGAUGGGCUUUCACGGCUGCGAAGUGCUGGUGCUGGACACAGAAGGUUGCGACGUCGAGAUCUUGCGCUCAAUGGCAUACCAUUGCUGGUGGCGACCAGAAGAGCGACCAUGGCUCAUCCAAUUCGAGAGCAACGGUCUCUCGAAUGCGCGUGGCGACGGCUCGGAUGAGGAUGCCGUCGUGUCUGAGUUAGAGGAGAUGGGCUACAUGCUUGUAGGGAAGAGCAAGACGGAUACCCACAUGGUCCUGAGAGAGAAAGCUGUGGAAGGAAGCCCGCUGCAUCACUGGAUGCUGACCUGGCGCUGUUCUUACUGUGGGCGCCGGGAGGGCUACCCGUACCUGGAUGAUCCAUACACCGGUUACACCUCCUGCAGCAACUGCCGGGAGCGUCCUUCACGGGCCGGAUACGGAUGGUAUUGA